AUGGAUCCCAGACCAAGUCAACCCAGAUCUGACACGCACCUCCGCCCCCCGAAUCCACACCAACGCGCCUCCCCCUCAUCCUCCGCAUCUCCCUCUCCCACGCCCCGAGCUCCCGUCGCCGCCCACCAGACCUCCACCGUCGCCGACUCCGUGCUCUGCCAGGGCAUACAUCCCAUUUCCAUCGGCCCGGGGACCGUUAUCCACCCGCGCGCCCGCAUCUACUCCUACGACGGGCCCGUCAUCAUCGGCGAAGGCUGCAUCAUCAGCGAGAAGAGCAUCAUCGGCACCGCGCCAACCACAUACCCUUCCCUGCCCCCCACGGCGGGCAAGGAGGUCAUCUCCACCCGGAUCUCGAACGGAGUCACCGUCGGACCCCUCGUCUCGGUUUCGUCGGGCGCCCAUGUCCACUCCUUUGUCACCGUUGACGCGCUGGCGGUCAUCAACCGGCGUGUGUCGCUGGGCGCGCAUUCAAAGGUGUGCGCCGGGUGUGUGAUUGCGGCGAAUACGGUGAUCAAGGAUUGGAUGGUUGUUUGGGGUUCUGGAGUGGGCUUCGGGCAGAGGAGGAAGAGGGCUACGGGGAAGGUGAUCUCGUCUGUGGCGGCCGCGCAGGGCGUGACUGCUCUCGAGGCGAAGGUGACCGAGGAUGCGCGAUUGAUGGCCCUACAGAAGGAGAGGGAGGUUCUGGUCCGGCUUAUUGGGUCUUCUGCGUCCGCUAGAAGGAAAUGA